AUGGGUGAACGAAAAGUCGUAAACAAGUUCAUUCCGUGGAACUUUGAUCCGGAAAAGGCAGGCAAAAUCAAGCUGUCGAAUAUCGGACAAUUCAGCGUCCGUAUGAUGCUGCCCUUCACAGUGAGGUGUAACGCCUGUGGAGAAUUCAUGUAUGCCGGCAAGAAGUUCAAUACAAGAAAAGAGAAUGCGAAUGGAGAAGAUUAUCUGGGAAUUGCGAUUACCCGAUUCUAUUUUAAGUGUGUAAACUGCGGUUCCGAGUUUGCAAUAAAAACCGAUCCAAAGAACAGUAGUUAUGUUGUAGAGUACGGAGCUACACAAAACUCGUGCUUGUGGAUGAACGAAAGACAAUUAGAGCUAGAAGAAAAGGCACAGAAGGAAGAAGCCGAAAAGAUGGACGCAAUGAAGGCACUUGAGAAUCGAAUAGAAGAAUCAAAAAAUGAAAUGGAUGCAUAUGAUGCUCUGGACACGAUCCAGGCGCAACAGCGAAAAACUAUGAAUUUAGAUCCUGAGGAAGCCUUGUCAAUUGUUCGGAGUCGUGAAGAAAAACAGACAAAGUUAGAGCAGGAAGUGAAAGUGGAGAAAGAUGAGGAAGAUGACAAAGAAUUGGAAGAAGCUAUCAGGCAAAAACAAGAAGAAGCUCUCAAAAGAGAGGACGAACGUCUAAAGAACCUGUUUUCCAAGCCUAGUUCCCAGGUUCCUUCAAACAACAAAGGAAACAACGGAUUGCAAGUUGUUCCGAAAAAGAAGAAAAAGGCGAAGCGUGCAGCGGUGUCUUUAGUUCCUUACUGA